AUGCGCCCGCCGCCCUCGCGUACUCCGUCGCGCGCCCACACAGCUACUCCCAGCCUCGGCGGAAGACCUUCAGAAAUGCCACCAUCACCCGCACACUCGGUUCAGGGUGGAAAGAGGAAAGAGCGCGAUUUUGACCAUCAGGAUCAGGACUACGAGACAAACAUCAAUGUAGUUGUGCGCUGCAGAGGUCGCAACGAUCGCGAGUUGCGCGAGAACAGCGGCGUCGUUGUCAAGACCGAAGGUGUCAAGGGCAAGAAUGUCGAGCUCUCCAUGGGUCCCAGCGCGCUCAGCAACAAGACAUAUCAGUUCGACAAGGUUUUCUCGCCAGCUGCAGACCAGGCUAUGCUCUUUGACGAUGUCGUCGAACCAAUCCUAGACGAGGUUCUCGGCGGUUUCAACUGCACCAUUUUCGCAUAUGGUCAAACCGGCACAGGAAAGACGUACACCAUGUCUGGCGACAUCACCGACAUGCAACCCCUGCCCGACGCUGCUGGUAUCAUCCCUAGAGUCCUGUACUCUUUGUUCAACAAACUCGGAGAAGACAACGAAAGUUCCGUCAAGUGUUCGUUCAUCGAGCUCUACAACGAAGAGUUGCGCGAUCUUCUGUCCACCGAGGACCACGCAAAAUUGAAGAUUUACGACGACAACAGCAAAAAAGGCCAAACAACCACUCUGGUUCAAGGCAUGGAGGAGUCACACAUCAAAACCGCGUCCAAAGGUCUCGAGCUGCUUAGGAGUGGCAGUCACAAGCGACAGGUUGCCGCCACAAAGUGCAACGAUCUCAGUUCUCGCAGUCACACUGUUUUCACCAUCACCGUCUACAUGAAGCGCGCCACUGAGACUGGAGAAGAUUUCGUCAGCGCUGGAAAGCUCAACCUAGUUGAUCUGGCUGGUAGUGAAAACAUCCAGCGCAGUGGUGCUGAGAACAAGCGUGCUGCCGAGGCUGGACUUAUCAACAAGAGUUUGCUCACUCUCGGUCGUGUUAUUAACGCGCUUGUGGAGAAGAGCUCUCACAUCCCAUACAGGGAAUCCAAACUCACACGUCUUCUGCAAGACUCUCUUGGUGGCCGUACUAAGACUUGCAUCAUUGCCACUCUUUCUCCAGCGAAGAGCAAUCUGGAAGAAACCAUAUCUACUCUGGACUAUGCUUUCCGCGCAAAGAACAUCCGCAACAAACCUCAGAUCAAUCAGAUGGUCACCAAGAAGACCUUGCUCAAGGAGUUCACCAUGGAAAUCGAAAAACUGAAGAGUGAACUCAUUGCGACACGCCAGCGUAACGGUGUCUACCUCACUCAGGAGGCAUACGAAGAGAUCAGUGUCGAAAGUGAAUCGAGACGUAUUCUCUGCGACGAACAGAAAGACAAGAUUGAGACCAUGGAGACCAAUUUGCGCAACAAAGUUCAAGAACUGUUCAGCCUGACUACUAACUUCAACGGGCUGAGAAAAGAAAAUGAGCAAGCAAAAUUGAUGCUUGAUGGGACCAAGAGCCUUCUCGAGAAAACCGAGGUCGUGCUCACACACACAAAGCGCAGCCUGACAGAGGAAACAUUUAUCAGGAAGGCUCAUCAGAGGACGGAAUCGAAACUCGCGGGGAUCGGAGAGAAUCUACUUGCGACACUUGCUUCCACCACGACGGACAUUUCUGGUCUCCAUUCGAAGAUCCAGAGAAAGGCAGACUUGCAUGCGCUCAACAGGGAGAACUGGACUUCAUCGAAGAGCAGAGUAACAGAUACGACCAGCACAGUUGAAGACAGAGUUGAAACUCUCAGACAACGCCAGGAACAGCUUCUCACAUCCAUGUCCACCAGAAUGCAAGGUUUCGUUGCAGAUGAGCUGCAGGAGCUUCAGCAAUCUCAGAGAUUCUUGCAAGAAAAGGCCGAAGCUUUCCAAAGAUCCGAGAAAGAAGUCAACGUCCAGACCGCGAAGGCUAGAGACGACGUUAACGAGGUACUUGAAGAAAUCAAGACUCUCCGUGAAGACGUCAAGCAGAAUGUCGGAAAUGGUCUGAACGAUCUUUCCGCUGCUGCUCAACGCAUCACGGCUGGUAUCUCAACUGAGCUCGAAAUCUUCCACACACAACUUCACGCAUCCUAUGUUUCGCUAGGUCGUGAUUUCAAGGCGAUCUUCGACGAUGUCGUCAAGCAACUGAGUGAACAACAAGCCGAGUCCGAACGCUUGCGACAGCAGAUCUUGACCGCCAACUCGACAUUCAUGAAAGCUGGCCAGGAGUCUCGUCAAACAUUUGAAGAAGCUAUGGAAGAAGAGCGCCGUCGUGCCGCCACUGACCGCGAAAAGAUGCUGUCCCAAAUCAGCUCUCUGAUCACUUCUUCUGCCGAAGCCCAAGAGCGCAGGAUCACUGAACAUAUUGCGCACGCAUCCAAGCGCGUUAAGACUUCUGAGGAUGAUUACAGUGUCGCCCGCGAAACUUACAACGAAAGCUCCGAUGCUUUGACCACAAAGUCCAAGUCACUCGUCGACUCUUGUGUCCGUUCGCGUGAAAACGUAAAGGCCAAGAUCAAGGGAGAUUGGAAUGCAGCCAACGACCAGACCGAGAAAAUCAAGGCCACCACUGAAGUCGUCCAUGCCGAGACUGUUCGCAUCGUCGACACGCAAAUGUCCAACAUGGACACCCAACUCAUCUCUCUCGACGAGAUUGUGUCACGUAUCCGUGCCCAGAAUGAUACUCACCACACGGCACAUACAGCCUCCCUCGCUCAACUGUCGAGCGAUGUACAGCACUCAUACUCGAAUAUCGGAACCCACAUGGAGACAUCGUACACACGUACACAAGGACUCGACACAGACAUGCAAACUCGAACCGCGGACCUUGCAUCCACUCUUCCAGAGCUCGGCUCAUCUGGUGAAAUUAUUCAAACGUUGCACACUUUGCGCGAUGACAUGAAUGCUGCCGAGCUCACCGAAUACGUUCCUACUGGUCAAACUCCAGCGAAGGUUGCCUACAGCUAUCCUACUACCCUGCCACGAACUGCCAAACACGAAUCGUUGCUGGAACGACUGCGUGAUGGCAAUUCCUCGAUCGAGGAAAGCCCAGUCAAAGAGUCACAAAUUCGUAGCAGUCCCAGAAAGAGAGAUGGCCAGUCACCCUCAAAGGCCAUCAUUUACACGGAUAGUCCUAUCAAUGGCAACACCGAGACUUCGUCAGAUGCGCCAGUCGAUAGCGAUGCCGCCCGCAAUCGUCCUCACAGUCUACCCGGACAGGUUGGAUUACGAGAGAUCGACGUCAAUGUUAACGCGGCUUCAAUGCCCCUCUCCGCUGAGUAUCCAGAGUCCAGGAUUGGUUUGCUCAAGAGGGGAAACACCAUGCCUCAACUGGAUGCCAACGCCAGGGUCGACAGCAAGUUGCCUAUGAAGCGACCUACUCGUAUGACUGCUGGCUUGGUUGCAGAAGGUAGAGAGAACAUUGGUGCUGCUGGCAGUGCAGCAAGUAGAAGAUUGAGACCUCGUGGUAGUGACUAA